AGUUAGAAGCUCUGUUUACGUUUUUUAGUAUGCUCGCUCGCCCCCACGUUUACGACGUUUUACGUCGUCUCGUGGGCCUGGAUAAAACGUGUUGACGUCUUUAAUUAAUCUGCGUUCAACCACGAGCCUCACAUCUCAAGCCUCUCAGCAUUCUCCCCACCAAAUCGUAGAGGAUGCCGAAGCACGACCCGUUCAGCCCCAAGGGCAUCGCGAACAGAAUCAAGUCCAAGGGUCUUCAGAAACUGCGAUGGUACUGCCAGAUGUGUCAGAAACAAUGCCGGGACGAGAAUGGUUUCAAGUGUCACACGAUGUCGGAGUCGCACCAGCGACAGCUCCUCCUGUUUGCGGAAUGUCCGGGAAAAUACCUGGGAUCGUUCUCCAAAGAAUUCGCUGACAGUUUCCUGGAGCUACUCAAGAGACGAUUCGGUACCAAGCGAGUGCAUGCCAACCAGGUGUACCAGGAGUACAUCGCUGACAAGCAGCACCUGCACAUGAAUGCCACCCGGUGGCUCACCCUCACCUCGUUUGUCAAGUGGCUCGGCCGUGAGGGCCAUUGCACUGUUGACGAGACUGAAAAAGGAUGGUUCAUCACUUACAUUGACCGGGAUCCAGACACCAUUCGAAGGCAGGAGUCGUUGGCCAAGAAAGAAAAGCUCGACCUAGAUGACCAGGACCGGCUCGCCAAGUUCAUCGACCGGCAGAUCGAGCGUGACCGUGGGCGGAAAGGAGAAGAGGCAACAACCACAGAUUUCACGGGACUGAAACGAGAAAACGAAGAGGAAAAAGUUGUUUUCAAGUUAGCUGCUUCCUCAUCGAAACAGCAAGAAGAAGCAGCUCAAAAGGAAUCAAAGAAGGUGAAUCCGCUGGAAGUGGCUGCCAAGGCCGCGGAAAAGCACAAGGCACCAUCGUCAUCUUCGUCGACCUGCGGCGAUGGCGAGCCGAAGUCCAAGAAAGCGGCAAAGCUUUCGGCCCUGGACGAGAUCAUGCUCGAGCAGGAGAGAAAGCGGGAGCAGAUCAAUCGCCGGGCCUACUGGAUCACUCGCGACAUUGUUGUCAAAGUGAUGGCCAAGAAGCUGGGCGACAAGUACUACAAGAAGAAGGGCGUCAUCGAGGAAGUGCAAGACCGGUAUGUGGCAACAGUUCGCAUGCUGGACAGCAACGACAAGCUACGGCUGGACCAGAGUCACCUGGAAACAGUCAUUCCCAACAUUGGACGGCGUGUCAAGGUCGUCAAUGGUGCCUACCGGGGCCAAGAAGCUACUCUGCUUGAAGUGGACCAGGCGGGCUUCUGUGCAAAACUCCGGCUUGAUGCUGGACUUAUCAGCGGUCGCAUACUCGAAAGAGUUCCAUACGAAGACUUCUCCAAGCUUCACAUGCCGUCGUGACAUCUGUGAAAGAAAGAAUGCGUGUUUGUUUCUUCAGAGAAGUUUUCAAAAUUCCUGUUGUGUACAUUCAUUUCUGCUGUCACCUUUCAUAUUACUUUCCAGUGCAGUGAACUUUGGUUGUGUUAGCUGUUGGUUAUGUGGGAGUGGCAAGGACAGGGGCUUGAUGUUUGCUAUUGAAGUAUUAGUCAAUGAAAGUGGCUCUAAUUCCUUCGAUCACCAGCCUUCAUUUUAUUCUUAUAAGGUGAAUAAACAAAGAAAUAAUUUGAAAUCUAGAAAAUAUUGUGAUGCGCUCUGCCAUGUGUCAUGUGACAUUCAAUGGAAGUGUAUAUAUUGGGGACGUAUCCUUAAUGGCACCUGCGAAGGAACAAAAGUAGACGAUGCAUUUGUUUAGGUGUAGUAUGGCUUCCUUCUGUUUUUCCCCAGAUGCCGCUGAGGAUAUGCCCCACUUUACAAAUCUUAGAACUUCAUCAAAUGUUGCAUAAUAAUAUUAAGAGUAAAGUCUUAUAUGUGUUUUCACAGUCGUGCACCCGCUGUGGUGGCCUAGUGGUUAUGGUGCUUUAUUUGCUGACACGAAUGGAGGCAAAAUGCUCUAAAUACCAGUGUGCUGAGAUUUAGGUGCACGUUAGAGAACCCAGGUGGUUGAAAUUUCUGAAGCCUUCCACUAAGGCGUCUCAUAAUCAUAUCGUAGUUUCCGGACAUAGAAACCCAAGAAUUAUUAUCUCACAGUCAGUGUACAAGAUUCAUGUACGCUUCAACUCAUGAAAGUCUUUACCAAGUCUAGCACCAUGGAAGUUUGUAUCAAAACCAUAUAACACUUGUGGAGACUAUCCACCGUAGGAAAUAAUGUGUGCCUAUUACUCUACGGAGAUUGACUUUAGCUAUGUUAGUUGAUCACAAAUGAG